UAAGCUCUUAAUCAAAGUGAAGAGCUAUCAGUUUCUUGUGGGUUUCAAUUCGUUAAUUGCCAAAAGUCACCAGAACUGCUACCAAAAUGAUGCAAAUCAAGUUCCUAUUUGCACUGUGUGCUGUCUUGAUGCUGGUUGUCCUGGGAGCGGAUGAAUCCUUUGCCGACUGCCUUUCCGGAAAAUUUCGGGGUUCCUGUUACGUGUGGCACAAGAAGAAGUGUAGGGAGAUUUGCCAGAGGGAAGGACGAACCGGUGGUCACUGCAGCCCCAGUCUCAAAUGUUGGUGCGAAGGAUGCUGA